AUGACGAUUGAGAAUAGCAGCAACAACACGCGCGAUGUGAACACUACUUUGACUUAUAAUAGAGCAUUGUCUUCCAAUGGUGCAUCUGAACAUUGGUUUAUCAAUAUCAAUGCGUCGAGUGAUGGAAAGCGUGUUCAAAAUUUUGAAGACGACGUCAUCGAAACCACUAUACACGACAUACGAGGUCGCGAAUCAGAAACACACAUCGACGUGACCGGUUUCCAAGCUAUUCAUUCACCAAGUACUGUCGAUCCUGAUCUUAUUCUCGAUGGAACUGACGAGCAAGUGAAGGAGAUAUAUUACGGCGAAGUUGAACAAUUAAUUAAACGUGUUACAGGUGCUGAUCAUGUCGUUUUCUUCGACCAUACCAUACGUCGAGUGAGACCAAAUCAAGUAGAUAAUUCUCCAACCGUUCGUCAACCCGUACAGCGAGCACACGUUGAUCAAACACCGAUUAGUGCACAUACACGUGUGCAACGACAUGCACCAAACAUCCAGUGGAAACGCUUCCAGCUAAUCAAUGUAUGGCGACCGUUGAAGAAUCCUGUAUAUGAUUAUCCACUUGCUGUAGCCGAUUGCCGUACUGUUGAUGUAAUCAAUGACCUUGUACCGACAACACUUGUCUAUCCACCACCAUUACCGAAUGGAGAAACGUACUCCGUGGUUCAUAAUCCUAACCAUCGAUGGUAUUACUGGUCGAAGAUGACACCGGAUGAAGUAUUGUUUUUAAAAUGCUAUGAUAGUGCUAGUCGAGCUUUGUCAACGGUGAAACAAAGUGCUGCACAAGUCGACGAGACACUUCUACGUGACGUGGCUGGUUUGACACCACACACAGCUUUCUAUGACGCUCAAGGUGCGCAAGAAGGGCCAAGUAGAAAUUCAAUUGAAGUACGAGCUCUCGUUUUUUAUAAUUAA